GUCUCAAAACAGAGCGCAACUUUCCUGAUUUGCUCUUCCUCUGGUUUAUCAUAAUAGUUUCUUUAUUUGGGUAUUGUAGAAAAUAAUAAAAAUAAACAAUCUGGUUUUGCUUUAAAAAAGAGAGGAUCAAAUUAUGGCUGCUCCGCCUGAAUAACCAAAAUUAUCAUAUUAAGGGCUAUUUUUGAUGCUUUGAUCCGUAUUUCAAUCUCUCUUUUUGGUAAGAACUGACAUUUUGAAUGUUCUAAAAAAGGUAAUACUGUUCCAAGUAAAAACCAAGUGUUUCAAAUUCUCAAAUACCUCCCCAAAAAUAUUUUUAGUAAAUUUUCCCUAGGUGAGAGUUGUAAUUUAAUGAAACUUUAACUUCAUAUUCUGUUUUUCUUUUUACAAAUUUAGACAGCACAAUUUUUUCUUAUUUACACGAAAAGAUGUUUUUUUCAGUUGGUGGUUAAUUUUACAUGCAAAUUUAUUUUAAUUGUUGUGAGAGAGGCGAAGUUGUGUUUUGGGGUUCCAUAGUUUGAUCCAAAGAAUCCCCAUUCCGAUCCGCUUCUCACUUUUUGAGCUGUUUUCAUUGAUUUCGGGAUCUGAGUUCUUGUUGAUUGUACUAUAAGCCUUUUGGGAUCUUCCUUAUUCAAUUCGAAACCUGCAUUUGUAGACGAAACUUGGGUUCUAAUACCGGGGACCUUAUUAUUUCAGGGGCCAGUAAAUUGAAUCCUACAACACAAGAAGAAAACCCUGUUGUAUGAAGCAUUCAAAUCAUGGGUUGCAUUUGCUGGAAAGGAAAUCGAUCAACUAAAUAUUUCGAAAAUAACCGUCACAAAAAAGGCAAGGCCCACAAAGACUCAACAAAAACAGCAAAAAGGUUUCCUGUUUUCUCUAAGAAGGACAAUGCAGUUUCUCAGGCUGCAUCCUCUUCUGAUGAUGAGGAAAAGAAGACUGUAUUGUCUGUUGUUGAGAGGCCUAAAAAGACCCCAUCCCACUCGCAAAGCCUGUCAACCGAGGCUCGGGUCAGGAGUGGACAUAACCAGAUGAGGAUUUCCAGGAUCAUGGAUGUCACUGGUGGUGAGAAAGGUGCACAGGUGGUUGCUGGCUGGCCUUCUUGGCUUGCAGCUGUAGCUGGAGAAGCCAUCAAUGGGUGGAUACCUCGAACGGCUGAGUCGUUUGAAAAGUUGGAAAAGAUCGGUCAAGGUACUUAUAGCAGUGUGUACAAAGCUCGCGACCUUGAAUCAAACAAGAUAGUUGCCUUGAAGAAAGUGCGGUUUGCUAAUAUGGACCCUGAAAGUGUUCGCUUCAUGUCGAGAGAAAUUAUUCUUUUACGUAGGCUUGAUCACACUAAUGUCAUGAAGCUUGAAGGUCUAAUUAGUUCUAGGGUGUCUGGAAGUUUAUAUCUUAUAUUUGAAUACAUGGAGCAUGAUCUUGCAGGGCUUGUGGCAACACCUGGGAUCAAGUUCACUGAGGCUCAGAUCAAGUGUUAUAUGCAACAGCUGCUUCGUGGUCUUGACCAUUGCCAUAGUCGAGGUGUUUUGCACCGUGACAUCAAGGGCGCAAAUCUCUUGAUAGAUUAUAAUGGCAACCUCAAGAUUGGUGAUUUUGGACUGGCAACACUAUUCCGUCCCAACCAGAAGCAGACUUUAACAAGUCGUGUAGUAACUUUAUGGUACCGCCCUCCUGAGCUUUUGCUCGGUUCUACAGACUAUGGAGUUGCUGUUGACCUGUGGAGUUCUGGUUGCAUUCUUGCUGAAUUAUUUGCUGGAAAGCCUAUCAUGCCUGGAAGAACUGAGGUUGAGCAGAUGCAUAAGAUCUUCAAACUUUGUGGAUCACCUUCCGAAGAGUAUUGGAAGAGAUCAAAAUUGCCUCAUGCAACUAUUUUCAAACCUCAGCAUCCUUAUAAACGUUGUGUUUCUGAGACAUUCAAGGACUUCCCUGCCAAUGUGUUGGCCCUUUUAGAGGUUCUUCUUGCAAUAGAACCCGAGUGUCGUGGAACUGCUUCUUCAGCACUUGAGAGUGAGUUCUUUACAACAAAUCCUCUUCCCUGCGGUCCAUCUAAUUUGCCUAAGUACCCACCUAGUAAGGAGUUUGAUGUCAAGCUUCGAGAUGAUGAAUCCAGAAGGCAAAGAGCAGUUGGUGGGAAACUGCGUAGGCAUGAUUCAGUUAGAAAGGUUUCUAGAGCUGUUCCAGUCCCAGAGCUAAAUGCUGAGUUACGAGCAUCCAUAAAGAAGCGGCAAGGACAUUUCAAUGCUAAAAGUGUGAGUGGAGUAAGCUAUCCUCAAAAGGAUGGGAGUGCCGGCUUCCUUAUUGAACCUCCAAAAGGAACGGCAAGAGCUGUAUACUCUCGUUCUGGCCAAUCAUUGCCCCCUGCCAACUUUGGGUCUUCACCGAGUAUGAAGGGAAAUGAGAUUGAGUCUGUGAAGGCUUCUGCUCAAGCAUUUGGCUCUCCAAGGAAUACUGAAGAGCCGAGAACUCAGACAGCAAAUGCACAUCGUGGAGCAAUGGAAUUGUCUAGAUUUUCUAACUCGGUUGCAGCUAGUGGCAGUUCACAGUUUGAUAUGACCAAAGAAAAUACUAUAAAUCCACAUUGGCCAGAGGGGUGUCUUGGCAACAGAUGUAACCAUCUGGAUAAUUCUGGCUCCUCCAAAGAGUGGGAAUGGUCACAUCAAUUACGUGGUAGGCCAAAAGUUUCACUUGUAAUGGAUGAACUAUUGUCUUCCAAGGAAUCAACUGUGGCUUAUGUUCCCCCGAACAACCGAAUCCAUUAUUCUGGACCGUUGAUGCUUCCUGGAGAAAACCUUGACGAAAUGCUCAAAGAGCACGAGAGACAGAUCCAAGAUGCUGUCCGCAAAGCUCGUUUAGACAAGACAGAAGGUGGUGAGCAGAGUGCCAAUUGAAGUAAUAGGGAAAAGAAUAACUCCAUGUGGAGGUCUGACUAGUCUUGCUGCCACAAGAGAUUCAGUAAUCAUGAAAUUGCCAUGGAUUUCAAGUUGACUGCCGGAUAAUAACUAUUCCAUCCCAUUUCAAUCUGAAGCUGUAACAAAACAAAAAGAUGGGAGAAUAGAGAAUGGUGUGUGGUAUAUGUUAGCAGUCCAAAAUGUUCUAAGAAAUGUAUAAAAUUCCGAAAAAAUAUUCUUGUGUCAUUCUUUCAAAUUCUAUUUGUUCAUGGUUAGUUGUCGAUAGAAUUCUUACAUGUAAAGAUGAACUCAUUCAUUCAUUCAGUAUUUUAUUUAUUUAUUGAAAGGGCUUUCUUAGUUAAA